CAAAAUUACUGUACUUAUACUAUUACCUAUGUGGACCUGAGGUUAAGGUUGCGGUCAUAGAGGAACACCAAUAUGUACACUCUGAUCAGAAAGAAACUGAAAUUCCUCAUAACAUCAUGUGCAAUAUGCUCCGUCGUUUUAUGGUUAUUUGAUAAGGAAUUAAUGGUGGAAACGAACGACGGGUCGGUGUACAGCGACGACGUGAUAAAUGCACACGAUUUCCAUUUUACCAUUGCGAACUAUGACAAAUGCUGGAAUGGCACCGACGCAACGAUGACCCCAUUCCUUCUCAUACUCGUGAAAACAGGUCCACAGAACUUCUACGAUCGCCAGCAGAUUCGCCGGACAUGGGGAGGAACGAAGAUGGUUCUGAAUGAACUGGUAUCCACCAUGUUUUUACUAGGGAUGAGCAGUGAUAUGGAGUUAAACCAACGCAUUACUAAGGAGAGUCAAGAAUAUGAAGAUAUUGUGCAAGAGAAUUUCUUUGAUUCCUAUCAUAAUCUGACUAUUAAGAUCAUGAUGGGAUUGAAAUGGGUCGCUACAUUCUGCUCUAAUGUAUCCUAUGUAGCGAGUGCAGAUGCUGAUAUAAUGUUAAAUACAGUCAACCUUGUUAAUCGGUUAUUAAGUAAACCACGCAAGAGGUACGCUGAAGGUACCCGUAUGAGAAAUGUGGUACCAGUGAGGGACCCAAACGCACAUAACGGCAAAUGGUAUACUCCGUUUGAGUUGUACCCAGACCCGACGUAUGCACCAUUCUUCCCUGGUUCAUGCUACGUGAUGUCCGGUGAUUUAGCCUGGUGGAUCUUUCUGGAGUCCAGAAAGGUGAGGUAUCUACCAUGGGACGAUGUCUUCUUUGGACUAGUCUUGCAGAGACUAGGUGUUGAUCCAGCACACGGCGCGGGGUACGGUCUGUAUGUCAAACUAUCCAGAAAUUUGACAAUAACGUCAGUUUUAAUGAAGGGAAUUGGAGUAUUGAUACCUCACCGGGAAAAUAGUACUGAUGAAAGAUUGUUGCAAUUGUGGAAUCAAACUAUGGCAUUAAGCGAGCGUCGAAUAAUCAACUCUACCAACAGAGAUGUGUCACUAGUACUAUGCGGCAUCAUUUUGUUUUCUAUACUUCUCAUAAUUUUCAUUUUGGGAUUCUUUUAUAUACUGGUAUCGUUUAGUUUUUAGAGUUCAUGUUUUGA